UUUAGAGAGUUGGUAACACUGAUGUUUUUAUUUAACAACAAACGCAUUUUUUUAUAAAUUUCUAAUUAUUUUAUAGUUUUUUGUGAAUAAAAGCACAAUUUUAUACUGGAAGUGUAAUUGAAAUUGAGCCUAAUUAUGAAACCGCAGCAGAAUUCUCAGUUAACCUACACGUGUAAAGAAAAUCAUUAUCAAUUAGUGUGACGGCGAAGAUUUGAUAUUGAUAAGAUGAAGUUGAUACUGCUAGUGUUCACAAGUACAUUUUACAGUACUAUAUUAGCUCAAAAUGAGAACUGUACGAGGAGUAGCAGCCGCUGUGACUAUAAACCGAACGUUCGUGUCUUGUCAGACACCUUGGCGUCAAAGUUCAGUGAUAUAGUGAUCAAAGAGCUCGGAAGUGAAUACACAUCGCAUUUAGAGAUUAGAACUGCUUACAAAGUGAACCGCUAUCAGGCCUCCGACACUAAUACAUUGAUCAAUAUAGCUGAUAAGUUGAACUACAAACUCUCAUCCGCUAUAAACAUUUUGAUGGACAUGAAUAAUGAUAUAAACAAAACCGACACUCCGUCCUUUACGCAUCCUUGUCCAUUUAACUCUAUCCGUAAGUCUGUUCUUAUAAAAAGUUCCAAUGUUUUUGUUGAUAUAUCUCCUGCGAACAUGAGGUCCAAUAUAUUGGACAGAUUCAAGGACUUGAAGGUCAAAAGGCAGUAUUUCCUAUCGCACAAGGACUAUGCGACAGACAAAGACUGUGCUGCCAUGCCACACUCGAAUUUAAGAUACUUAUAUCACAAGAUAGUGCAUUCUGUACCAAAACUUGUUGUCUUCAUAAUCAAUAACAAUAUGAAUGGUGAGGCGCUACAACAAGCCAUCAACGUUGCAAAAGAAAUAGUCUAUUCUCUACAAAGUGUUGAUUUGUUUGCAUUAAAAGUAACUAAUAUGACUGGCUUUAUGAAAUUUGAAGACAGCUGCAGUAGUGAUUGUAUGUCGAACCUGGGGAACGCAACAGACAAUAAUAAAAUGCUAUUUCGUGAAUAUCUAAGCACUUUGGAAAUGUCAACUAUCAUCAUAUCACCAAAUAUAAUUAACGAAGAAAUUAUAGAAUUAUUGAACGAGAAGCAACUUCCUGUAUAUAAAUUAUUCAUUUUCCUGACUGAUACAAAAAUAUUCAGAGAUGAAAUGUGGUUUAAAAUAUAUCCCUUCAACCAAUAUAUUGAUGAGACAGUUAAAUUUACUAUUGGAUUAAUUAAUACAUAUGACAAUAUGAAGAACAGUUCGUUGGAGAUACUACAUUUUGAUAAACAACACAAUCGCUACCAUGAACAUUCAGUUAUGAAACUACAUAUUAACAACAGUGAAGUCAUAGGUCAAAUUGCCUCUGCGUUCAUUUCCCUGCUUCCAUACAAAUAUGAAAAUAAACUGCAAGCGGAGGGACCUGUGUGGGAAGCCACCGAGAGAGACUUCAUGAUAUCACUUGUGUACCCCAUAUCCACAGGUAUUAUAGGACUAGAUCUCUAUUGGUCUGAUUUAGCGGAAGACAUUAUUUAUUUUAAGGGAUCAAACCAUAAAAAGAGAGCAUUUAUAAUGGAUUUCUCUGGUAAGGUACUAAUGCAUACAUAUUUUCCCAGGCCGGAAUCUGCCUCAGGCAAAAUUAAGUUUACAAAUCUUGAUGCUGUGGAAACCAGCACCAAUAUAAGUAUUGUUAAGCAAAAAAUAUUUAAUAUAGCUUCAGGAAACAUUACUGUGGAUCAUAAUAAUUCUUCUACAAAAAUAGUUUACUCAUGGGAAUGGGUGCAGGGCUUAUACAUUGUAUGUGUUGUAUCAGAAGUACCUGACAAUAGUUUAAUGAACAAGACAAAUGUAUUUUUUACAAGAACGAGCAAGGAAAUAUUGUUGCAUAGGAUAGAUUUAUUUCCACCUAAAACUGGCAAAAUAUGUAGGCAUUUUAAGCAAAUUUCAACCGUAGACCAGGGUACUGUUUACUUAAGUCCUUCCAGUUUCCAAUCGCCGUUCACAUAUCUAUAUGAUAUGGGCGAUGGUCAGGAAGCUGUUACCUACAUGCAAAAUUAUUUAGCUUAUUUAAGAAGUGUAGCCCAUGGGUUGCUUUCCAAUCCAGGGUUGAAGAAUGAAAUACAACAGGAUGUUGGAUUCUUAAAUUCUAUUUUAUCCUUUUACAAACGGCAGCAUUUACAUGGUCCUCAUUCUAAAUACAUAGUCAGGAGGUAUGCAGUUACAGAGAAUGGUGUUCUGGUUAUGUUUCCUGGUACAGUGUUAGAAUAUGAUUAUGAACCAGUGCGAAGGCCAUGGUAUACUUAUGCUUUAGAAAAUCCUGGUAAAAUUAUAUUAACUCCUCCCAAUUUAGAUGUAGGUGGGGCAGGAUAUAUUGUAACAAUUUCCUAUGCAGUUCGAAGUCCUAUCUACCCGACGAUGGUUGUGGCUAUGGAUGUCACCAUGGGAUUUCUUUACAAGCUUCUCAUUGAUAGUUCACCUCUAUGUGCUAUACCAUAUAUUAAAUGUUUCAUUAUGAAUAAUCGAGGAUAUUUAGUGUCUCAUCCGGGUCUGAUGGACCCUAAUAGCUCAGGUCCUAUUGAACAACAACAUAUAACACACAAGGAAUCAAUGAUAGCUAUUGAUAUGUUGAAUCACAAAGGUUUCGUCACCAAAAGGUUGUGCAGUAACUUUUAUGAUAAAACUAUUCAGAGAUUCUAUGAAUUCAACACAUCUUUACCACAUGUGCUGUCUAAUGUUGUGUCAGGUGACCAUUGUGUGCACUACUACAUUGCAUCAAUUCAGGGUACAAAUUCUUUUAUAGGCCUUGUCAACGCAUCUUGCAGUGUCGGAGCUUUUUGCCCUUGCAGUAUGGUCGAUCGUCUUUGUCUUAAUUGCAAUCGCAUGGAACAAACGGAAUGCGAAUGUCCGUGCGAGUGCAGUUCGGAAUCCUAUGAAUGUCCCAAUGCGAAUUCUUCUAGACUCGAUCAGGACGUACCAAUUUGUGGAAUGACACCUGAAAACAACAAUCAUAAAUCUCACUACUUCCACAAUUUUGCUGAAAAUUUAAAAUCCUGUUUCGAUUUUCAAUGUGAAACUUACGUCACACACUCGUCGUGUUUAGGUGUUUUGGGAUGCGAAUGGUGUCAAAUAGACGCGGACGCGAGGACGCCUCUUUCGACGCCAUUCUGCACAUCGCAGUCCACCUGCUUCAAUGGUGUUCUGGGUGCUGUCACACCUUAUGGUGAGGGGACGUUCGGUCACGUGAACAGGGACGCUUUCGCCAGUUAUUCCGCAAUUGGUCCCAUAGCCGGAUGUAUAGUCACGGUUAGUCUGAUCAUAGCUGUCGCUGUAUAUUGCUACAGACAGAACACUUCGUCAGAUAGCUGCCACAACUUGUACGUUGAUGGACCAGCUGAAACCUGGCAUGAUGCUGAUGUUCAAUUGAGUCAUUUGCCGUCUGAUGACCUGCCUGAUAUGUCUGGACAGGAUAAAUUGUUGCCUGCUAUGGAAAUUGAAGCUCCUAUUUCGCCGUAUCGUGUCAUCACAGGGUACAGGCGACCCCACACUGCUGGGGGUUCCGACCACGGUUAUUCGACAAUGACACCACAUGAGGAUUCUGAAGCUACUGGUUUCUCAGUGAACGAUCCUACAAUUUUAUCGGAUGACACCAAAUCAGAUGCUAGUUUUCCUGCCCCAGCAAAGAUCAAACCAAGGCUAAAAGUUCCCGAUCUUACAAUGACAGUACUGCCCUGUGGAAAGAAUAGUGUUAUAGCACCAGUGACUGUACACAGAGAUAAUGAGGCAUCUUAAUUGUGUUUUAAACUACCUCUUUUGUACAGAAAUAAAAUCGAUGUUGUGAUAUAAAAUAGUUACUCGCAUACUUUAAGUUUGCCAAUUACAGUUACAAAAUGCUAUUUUUGUAUUUUUGUUUUUUAAUUUUCGGUGCUUGACAAUAGGACAAUGGAUACUAUUACUAUGUAUAAUAAAAAUAUAGUAAAACUAUCAACUAACUUUCGAUAAAAUUAUUAAGCAUUAUUUCCUGUUUAAUAUUAUAACAAUUUACUUUGUAAUAUUUUAUUAAGAAAUCUUUUAAAUGUACUUAUAGUGACUUAAGUUAAGUGUAAGUUUUAGUUCAAUUUACAUGGAAAUUUUGGUUAUGUAUAUUUUUAUACAAGCUAUUAUACUUAAUUAGUAAGUAAAUAAACUAAUCUUUUAAACCUAAAACAUUAUAUAAGCGUUAAAUGUAUACUCUUCUAGCUUAUAUUGUAUGACAAUUCUAAUAUUUUUUUAUAAACAUUACAUACACUACAAGUAUUUAUGAAUUUUAAUCAUUGAAUCAUAUUUGGGAAUAAUUUUCUGAAGACAUUGUUAUGUUUUAUCAAUCACUAUAUCAAAUAUACCUAUUUAUACUUAUAAUAUUAAAAACUGUUACUUCUAGUCUGAAAUAAUAACUAGUAAAAGUAGUUUGUAUUACAAUAUGUACCUACUUUAAUAAACUUAAAAAUAUACCUACUAUUGAAGCUGAUAUCGACUAAAUAUUUUUUUUAUAAAUUUCGAUUUAAUUAAUAUUUAAAGUUUUUAGAAAGUUCAAAUCAGUGGCAGCUAUGAUAUAGUUAUAUCCAUUUAAGCAAAUAGGCAGUGCCUACCUUUGCCUAUCCUUUUGAUGCAUUGUACCUAUUUAAAUGAUAUUUAAGUAAAUUAAUCAGGUUGUACCCUACAGGUAAAAUUCAUUAUUAAAAUAAGCAUACUAUGUAUUCUGUGUAGCUACUUAUUGUGUAAUUUAAUUUUGUUAUAGUACUUAUUGUUAUAUUCUAGAAUUUGAACGGACAUCUGUGUUUUCUACAAUAUUGAAAUAGGUAAACUCAACUCGGGUGAAUUUGUCUGAUUAUAGUGUUUCUCAGAUAGCAUGGGUACGGUGAAAACUUUCAAGAGUGAAACGAACUGUCACCCGCACCAACCUACAUGUACACAAACGAACUGUAUUAUCUAAAGUCUAAACUAGUUUUCAUAUGUUGCAUGAACAAACUUAUAAUUAUGCUCCUUGUAUGUGUUUUAAACUAAUCGAGCUUUUUUGACAAAUUCAGUGGAACCUAUUCUGUUUAUCUAUUUUAAUAUUAUGUAUGUGCUUAUAAUCAGUGGCGUGCACAAGGUGUAUGACUAGGGUAUGCACUAUAAUAUGUAGGUACUUGCAAUUUGUACAAAAUGGAAAAUUUCUUCUAUAAUGCAGAUGAGUUAUCAGGGUAGGCACAGCAUUUUUGCAUCUAUAAAGUGCACGUCACUGCUUAUAAUGUAAGCAGCUCGCGCUGAUUAAUUUGACACCUGCUCGGAUGAUGUUUGUUUGGAUGUAUAUGGUGUCAAGAUUAUUGCGCACGAGUUAUAUGUACCUACUCUGUGAAGAAUUUGUUUUUUUUUUUAUAAAAUGUGCCAGUGCCUCCUGUAUUAUUAAGCAGUAUGUGUACGUAUUUUAAGACUGACUUCGAUGUUGCAUUUACAUAAUGUACAAUAAAUUUUGUAAAAAUA